AUGCGGAUUCUGUUCUCGGAGGGCGAGACGACCUCGCUCGCGUCCAGCAUAACCAAAUUCCGCCUCGAGAAUGGGCGCAGGUAUCAUGCGCUCAAGGACGGUUCGUAUACGGUUCCCAACGACGACAUGGAAAACGAGAGGCUCGACAUCCAACACUACUCUUGCCUGUUGACACUUGACGGCCGCCUAUACACCGCACCAAUCGGGGACAAGCCGCUGAACCGCGUCUUGGACGGCGGCUGCGGAAUCGGGAACUGGACGAUAGAUUUCGCCGACGCGCACCCGGAAACAAAGGUGAGGCAGAUGUGUCCCGCGGUCCGUGUCGAUUUGAGCCCUGUUCAGUCUACCUUCGUCCCGCCAAACGUCGAGUUCUUCGUCGACGACAUCGAAGAAGAAUGGACCUACUCUGCACCAUUUGAUUUUAUAUACCUGCGGAUGUUGCUUGGAGCCAUUGGCGACUGGCCCAAGCUGAUUGCGCAAGCUUACCGGCACACGGCACCGGGCGGCUACGUCGAGCUGAUGGAUGCCAUCUACCCCGUGGAGAGCGACGACGGCACACUGACCGAGGACAGCGCCGUGUACAGGUGGAACAAGCUCUUGACCGAAGCGGCAGCCAAGGCGAAUAGGCGCCUCGACGAGGGCAGGAACCACAGGCAGAACCUGAUUGAUGCCGGGUUCCAAAACGUGACCGAGACGAGGUACAAGUGGCCGAUCAACACUUGGCCAAAGGACCCAAAGUUCAAGGAUCUAGGUGCCUGGACACUCGAAAAUUUCCUCCAAGGCGUGCAAGGAUUUACCCUCGCCUUGUUCACCCGCGUUCUCGGCUGGACGCAGGAAGAGAUUGAGUUAUUCCUGAUCGAAGUCAGGAAGGGGUAUAAGGAUAGGAGGAUCCAUGCCUACUGGCACAUUGUUGUGGUGCAUGGCCAACGGCCGGAAGAAGAGGCUGGGGCGUCAUGA